AUGAGUCGCCCCCCAGGCCCCCACAGCGCCCGGGCCCCGGCGGGCUCCACGGCUCUCCCCGGGCGCAUUCCGGACCUGGUCGCCCAGAUCCCCUGGCUCCGCUGGGCGCUCAUAGCCGCUGCGGUCGUGGCUGGCGUCCUCGUUGUUUCCUGCCUGCUCUGUGCCAUCUGCUGCUGCUGCCGCGGCCGCCACAGGAAGGAGCCCAGAGACGAGGAGGCCGUGGGCCUGGGCAGUGCCCGCAGCACCAUCAACACGCACCUGGUGCAGCCAGAUGUGGAUAAGGAGGAGCCUGGCCCUGGGGGGCCCCAGCAGCGGGAGUACCUGCAGCUGUCCGUGGAGUACGACUUCGGAAGCCAGGAGAUCAAGGUGGGCCUCAGGCAGGCAGCGGACCUGAGGCCCCGGGGCCCAGGCGGCACGGCGGACCCCUACGCCCGCGUCAGCCUGUCCCCCGAGGCCGGGUGCAGGCACGAGACGAAGGUGCACCGUGGUACCCUCUGCCCCACGUUCGAGGAGACCUGCUCCUUCCACGUCGCCCCCGUGGAGCUGCCCCGGACCGCCCUGCGGGUGCAGGUUCUAGACUACAAGCUCUUCUCCCAGCACAUGCUGGGCGCGCUCAGCCUGCCGCCGGGCACCGUGGAUCCGCAGCCCGUCCUGGAGCUCUGGCGCCCUCUGGGCCCGCCCAGCACUGCCGAGCCCGAGCAGUUGGGGGAGGUGUGCUUCUCGCUCCAGUACGUGCCCGGCUCGGGCCGGCUGACCGUGGUCGUGCUGGAGGCCCGAGGCCUGAGCCCGGUUCUGGCAGAGCCCUACGUGAAGGUCCAGCUUGUGCUGAGCCAGAGGAAGUGGAAGAAGAGAAAGACAUCUGCCAGGAAGGGCAUGGCCACCCCUUACUUCAACAAGACCUUCACCUUCCUUGUGCCUUUCAGCCAGAUCCAGAGCGUGGCUCUGGUGCUGGCCGUCUGGACCUGGGGCCCUCAGUUCCAGGCCAAGCCCGUGAGCAAGGUUCUGCUGGGCGCCCGGGCCUCUGGUCAACCCCCACAGCACUGGGCAGACAUGCUGGCCCAUGCCCGUCGGCAGCACCGCCUGCAGCCGGCCAGGGAGGUGGACCAGGCCCUGGCCUUGCAGUCCCACCCGCGCCUGCCCUUGCCUGGCUCCUGAAAGCAGCCCCGGCCCUCGGUCUCCCUGGGCUGGGCCACGGGCCCCAUGCAGGCUGCCCUGGGGACCCACCAUAAUAAACGCCUUCUCCCCCA